AUGCGAUUUGGGGUAGCGCUCUUUUUGCUUUCGAGCGCGACAGCCCUGUGUCUGCAGAUUCCCGGCGUUACCGGGCCGCUGCAAUCUCGCGGCUGCCUUGCUCGCCACGCUGAAGCGCAUACCGCAUUCGUAGGGUCGGGAAAGCGGGAAUACCGAAGCCAUGGAGGCGAAUGCUCCCCGUCCGCCACCUCCGAUGGCGGCAGGGCUUCGGGUGUCUUCAGUCGCAAUUAUCGGCGACAUGCGGAUUCCGGCUGCCAUUCGCACGAUGUGUCUGCAUCGCCGUACUGCGCGUAUGGCGCCUCGGACGCCGUAUACGGAGGAAGAGGUGCGCCAUCGAGACAGGACGGAUGCGCUGCACAUUUUCAAUCGCAAAGACCGUUUGCGCUGCGGUCCUUUUUCGGCUCCGUGAACAGCGUGUUCACGGAUGCGGAAUACGAGCACCGGUUGGAGCUCAACAAAAAGUACGACACCAUCACCGAUGAGACCGACGAUUCGGGGUUGCCCCUGGCGCCGGAGAACGAGGACUACGACGUCGACGACGCUGUGCCUGGAUGCGAUUCCGACCUGAGCAUGCCGCCGUCGUCGAAGGAAGAGUGGUACCUGAAGCGUCUGGCCCGUGGGCGUCGCUUCUGGCACAAGUACUUCGCGGACCCGUCGCAGCAGUCCCUCCGCUUCUACAGGCUGGUCAAGAUGAAGCACGACCUGAAGUACUGCAACCGCGUUGUGAGGCGGAAAUACAUCGAGCUGCGGCCGGAAAUCAAGCCCGAGGUGGUGGACGGGCGCGUCCAGCCGCUGACGCGCCGACAGCGGAACCAGAACCGCAGCCGCAUCCAGGUGGUACGCACCACGGUGGGCUACGACAACACGAGCGACGACAGCAACGUGCUCAUCCUCCUGACGUUGCCGCAGGCCCGUUUGGUGCGGAUGGUCGAGCGGAUCCGGUUGCCGCACCUGCUGGCCUUGCGCAACUACGAGAUGCUGCGGCUGCUGCGCCACUCGAUGCUGUUCAUGUCCAAGCCGAACAUCUUCGAGAGCACCGUCGACUUCCUGCUGACCUUCUCACGCUUCAACCCGGCGCACGAAGGCGAAAUUCCGUUGUUCUGCGACCUGCCGUCGAAGCCGGUUAAGCGGUACCGGCCCAUGAUCUACGCCGUCAUCGGGAAGCUGCGCCAGGACCCCUUCGCCGACCACCUGCUCAAGGUGCGCCGGUCGCAGCCGCCCCCGAUCAGGGAGCCGUUCCCGCGGUGCGAGUCCAACGAGAGCAGCACGUUGACCAGGUUCCUGGACUCCUGCGCGACCCUGGUCACGGAGAGGCUCCGGCACGCGGAAUACGACUUCGACGCCGUCAUGGACAGAGACUUCUCCGACAACUUCAAGGAAAUGAUGCCCACAUACACGACCAAAGAGAGCGUCAACCGCAUCGAUUACCCGGUGACGGUGUCCUUUUCCAAGGAGAUGGCGGCGUAUCUGCGGGAGCCGGUGGAAUCGCCCGCCGAUGGCGGCGCCGCUGCCGCCACCAACAGUAGCAGCCAGACUAUACAAGAGGCAGCAACUGAGGAGGGAAUAGAAGCGUGUGGUGCUUCCGAAUGUGGCACGUCUGGGGAGGACGGGGAGGAGGCCAUGCAUGGCCGCGAUGAUGACGGCGAGGCUGGUGUUGCCGUGCCGCCGCGUGGCUCCACCGCCGCGUGGACGCGCGACGAGGUGAAGCUCAUGUUGAAGAGGGUGAUGAAGCUCGGGCUGACGAAGCCCUCGACGCUGAUCGACCGGUUGCGGCGGUUGCACUGCGACAUCGGGUUCAGCUUCGAGGACCUGCUCUGGCUGGGGAGGACCCGCCCGCAGCUGUUCCGCUUCGGCAACUACCGACAGCGCUGCCAGCAGAUUUACGACUGCGACGAGGCGCUGACCUUCGAGGACAUACUGUCGAUGGUGCACCGCUACCCCAACCUCCUGACGCUCAACGUGGCGCGGACGGUGCGGCCGAAGAUUUAUUAUUUCCGACGCGUCAUGCGGAGGGACGUGGCCGACCUUAGGGCGUUCCCCAAGUUCCUCAGCUUCUCGCUGUACGACCGCAUCGUGCCCAGGCAUCUGGCGGUGAUGAACGCCGCGUACCGGGGGGAGUUUCUGAAGGUGUACCGGUUCCUGUUCGAGUCGGGGUUCUACAAGGGGUACGGCCAAACGGUGACUGACGAGCGCGUGCCAGACAUCCUCCCUGCGGACCACGCGCGGUACCUGGCGGCGUACGAGCAGCUCAGCAGGGCGCCUGACCUCAGGCUGAUGUUCACCUCGAGCGACGACGCCUUCCUGCGCCACUUCAAUUUAUCGUACCGCGACCUGGCGCAGGGCAAGGAGGACGCCAUGAAGAUACCGCUGCCCGCAGACGUGCUCUAG